AUGGCCCAUAGGUUGGCUGCGGCCAAAGGCGGCGUCGACCUCGAGGCUUUGUCUCCUAGAGAUGCCAAUGCCCAGCGAUUGCCCAAAACCACCGAAAACAAAGUGAAGACUGCCGCACAGCUUCGGGCCGCCAAGGACAAGGAGCAUCCUCCGCCUCCCCCUCCAGAAGUCUUCGAGCCAUGUAGUUCCGACCGCCCGGAGGGGGCUACAUAUCAAGUUGGCAAAUUACUGGGAAAAGGGGGUUUCGCCCUUGCCUACAGCGGCCUGCACGUGGCAACCAAGCAAAAAUACGCUUUGAAAAUUGUCAAAAACUUUGCUGGGAAUAGCUGGCCUAACAGGCUCCGUGUUCAGUUCCAAACCGAGCUUCAAAUACACUCCAAAAUGAAGCACAAGAACAUUGUGCAAUUCUUCCGAGCCUUUUCCUUCAACAACUGCACUUAUCUUGUGCUGGAGCAAUGCAACAAUGGCUCACUAAUGGACAUGGUCAAACGCCGGAAAGGACUCACCGAACCCGAGGUCCGUUUCUACUCUGUUCAGAUUACCGGAGCAAUCAAGUACAUGCACGCCAAGGGGAUUAUUCACCGUGACUUGAAGAUGGGCAACAUCUUUCUCGACUCUCACAUGAAUGCCAAGAUUGGUGACUUCGGCUUAGCUGCCUUGGUGGUUACUGGUAGGGACAUGCAGACCAUUCGCCGAACCACACUUUGCGGAACCCCCAACUACAUUGCCCCUGAAAUUUUGGAAAAGGGCAAGAAGGGUCACGAUCACAUGGUCGAUAUCUGGAGCUUGGGCAUUAUCAUGUUCGCUAUGCUUACAUCAAAACCCCCUUUCCAAUCAUCAACAACAGAUGAAAUUUACCGCCGAGCCAGGGAAAGAGAUUACGAGUGGCCUACCGGCGAUUCGACUCAAAAGUUCAUUAGCCAAGAGGCCAAGGAUCUGGUUGCCACCAUGUUGGAGGACGCAGACCGCCGCCCCGAGCCGGAUGACAUUAUCCUACACCCUUUCUUCACCUCGGGCUACAUGCCCACCGACAUUGACAUGAGCUAUCGUCUCCGAGAACUGCCGCCUGAGCGCGAGGAGUUUUAUGUCGCCCGAAUGAGCAGCGCCUUGCAGACUACUUCUUAUCGAAAUCUAAAAGAAAUGUGCAUCGAAAGUGGAAUUGGCCCUUGGGUUGAUGUAAAAGUCAUCCACUCGCAAGUUUGGAAGGAAAUGGCUCAAGAGGAAAAGGUUGGCCUGACGCCUACGAUCCCUCUUGCCGAGAACGUGGUUUACCGACCAUUUGACGACUGGCUCAGAGAGCACAUGCCCCAAAGGAGCAAACUUUCACAUUCCGUUGGGCCUCACACUGCACAACCAGUAAUCAUUUCCGAAGAGCCUCCCACCACUGCACAAAAGGCUCCUCUAGGAUUGCUAAGACAGCCUCCCCAGAGCUUUGCUGCUCAGCAGCGUGCUCAAAACAGGCCUACGGCAACCUCUUCAACAAUCAAAUCGAACCCUCCUGUAGAUCCUGCCUUGACGACAAGCCAAAGUGUACGAGGAACAUCACGGCGGGAAGCUAUUCGGGAAACAGCCUCAAAGGUGUCCUCAGAGGGCACCCUCAAGAACGUGCGAAGCUCUGCCCGGACAGCUCUACCAUCGGCGCGGUCAGCCCCAAACCUUCAAGUAUCUGAGCGAGCAGCCACUAUGACAUCUGCCCCUCUGCAACCACUUAAAAGAUCAAAUUCACAAUCCAUUCGAGCGACCACUCUUUUUGCCCCAUCCGAGAGAACCGAGAUUAUCGUAGGCUCACGGCCUGACAUUAUUCUCGAACGAUUGAAGAAGCUGCAAACGGAACUAGAGCGGUCAUUGAAUUCCCGUACAAUGGCAAUCAUUUCUUCCAAAUCUGUCACACCUCCCCACCCUCAUGUGGUUGUUAAAUGGGUUGACUAUACCAACAAAUUUGGUCUUGGCUAUAUUUUGAACGAUGGCAGUGUUGGAUGUGUACUAAGGGAUAUACCCACGACUGAGGGCAGCAAGACGGCCAUGCUACCUCCUGCCGGUAUUUUCAUCCGAGGCGCUGAGAGGCACAUACUCCGUCGGGAAGACAAAUCAUACUUGGACAGAAACCAACCAGUUCCUAUGACAGAAGCAAUCAAGUUCUUUGAGAACAAUGGCGAAGGCGGCCUGUCUGAAGUUAAUGUUUCACCCGAGCAGUUUAGGGUGUCUAUCAGCGAGGACGGCACAGCUGGCAAGAUGAACCCCGGCAAAGAUAUCUACCAGCACCGUAAGCGAGAGAGAAUUAUUCUCUGGAAGAAGUUUGCCAAUUACAUGAUUGCCUAUGGAAGAGAUGAAAACCUUCCGGUUGAAGAGAGCGAAGGGCAAGGGGUUAUGUCACCGGGGGCAAAGGGCACAAUGGCAGAGCUGGUAACGUUUUACCAGAGGUUUGGAGACGUUGGUUGUUGGGUGUUCUGUGACGGACAUCUUCAAUUCAAUUUCCCCGACCACACCAAGAUAGUGCUUGAUGCUACCGGAACCUGGUGCCAUUUCUGGCAUCUCCCACAAGACGCCGCUGAAAGGUUAGCGUCGACGGGCACAAUCGGCGCAGCCGCUCUAGACGAUCGCGCAACCCUCUCAUACCCUCUGCAGACCCUGCUCAACUUCCAAAGCAAGUCGUCUACCCGCUCAGCCAGCACUCGCAAACGACCCGAGAUUGACCCCGAGGUCCAAGGUAUUCCCGCCGCCAACGACUUUCGACGCAAGGUCGAGUUCAUCAAGAAUGUCGUCAAGGAAUGGGUUGCCAACGGUGGUCUUGGAAACAGCUCCAUGAGCCGAGAGUCCCGCUUGCGAUGGACCGGUUACAGAGAGCUCGUCAACACAACGAUCCCUCAGAAACACGUCUGGGUCACGAUUGGCGCUCGCUGGGGCGACCAGCGCUUGUCAACUCUCGUUGACCCACGGAAGCCCUGGGAAUUGGGUGAAGAGGAAGUCGACGGCUCCAAGAAGUAA